AUGGCCGCGCGCCCCGGGCCGCUCUGGCUGCUGGGUCUGGCACUGUGCGCGCUGAGCGGCGGCGGCGCCUCUGGCCCGCGCCCCUCGCCCGGCUGCUCGCAACGGCGCCUGGGCCCGCGCGAGCGCCGCGACCUGCAGCGCGAGAUCCUGGCGGUGCUCCGGCUGCCCGGGCGGCCCCGGCCCCGCGCGCCGCCCGCCGCCGCCCGGCUGCCCGCGUCCGCGCCGCUCUUCAUGCUGGACCUGUAUCGCGCCAUGGCCGGCGAUGACGACGAGGACGGCGGGACCCCCGAGCGGCGCCUGGGCCGCGCCGACCUGGUCAUGAGCUUCGUCAACAUGGUGGAGCGGGACCGCACCCUGGGCCACCAGGAGCUCCAGUGGAAGGAGUUCCGCUUUGACCUGACCCAGAUCCCGGCGGGGGAGGCCGUCAUGGCCGCGGAGUUCAGGAUUUACAAGCUGCCCAGUACCCACCUGCUCAACUGGACCCUCCACGUCAGCAUGUUCGAGGUGGUCCUGGAGCAGUCCAACAGGGAGUCUGACUUGUUCUUUUUGGAUCUUCAGACGCUCCGAUCUGGGGACGAGGGCUGGCUGGUGUUGGACGUGACAGCAGCCAGUGACCGCUGGCUCUUGAACCGUAACAAGGACCUGGGACUCCGCCUCUAUGUGGAAACAGAUGAUGGGCGCAGCGUGGAUCCUGGCCUGGCCGGUCUGCUGGGGCAAAAGGCACCGCGCUCCAAGCAGCCUUUCAUGGUCACCUUUUUCAGGGCGAGCCCCGGCCCCGUCCGAGCCCCUCGGGCAGUGAGGCCCCUGAAGAGGAGGCAGCCGAAAAGAACCAACGAGCUGCCGCCCCCAAACAAACUGCCGGGGAUCUUCGACGACGUCCACGGCUCCCGUGGCCGACAGGUGUGCCGUCGGCAUGAGCUCUAUGUCAGCUUCCAGGACCUUGGCUGGCUGGACUGGGUCAUCGCCCCUCAAGGCUACUCAGCCUAUUACUGUGAAGGGGAGUGCUCCUUCCCACUGGACUCCUGCAUGAACGCCACCAACCACGCCAUCCUGCAGUCCCUGGUGCAUCUGAUGAAGCCUGACGCGGUCCCCAAGGCGUGCUGCGCGCCCACCAAGCUGAGCGCCACCUCCGUGCUCUACUACGACAGCAGCAACAACGUCAUCCUGCGCAAGCACCGCAACAUGGUGGUCCGCGCCUGUGGCUGCCACUGA